CAACCGAGGCCACUUUAUGGAUUGGAUGCAAUAAAACUCAGUGAUAAAACAAUAUGGAAGCAGUGGACCUGACCGUCAAUCAAAGUGCUUUAACCCAGAUGGAGUGGAAGUUUUCCUCACCCUCCAGUAAGCCAUGAAUCAAACAGUGAGAGACUCCAGAAAAAAAAGUCAUCGGGACAAAAGGCACACUGGAUUACAUUUGAAUUGCAUCUGCAUCGCCCCUCAAGAUUCCCCUGGAUACAUACAGGCGUUUAUUUCCGGAUUAAUGUGGUCGCAAAUUUGUGGAUUCAUCAAUAGUUGAAGCUGGUGGCCGAGGUGAGCUGUUUUCAGAGGAGUAAAACCAUGUGGCUUCUCCUCUCCUCUCUGACUCUGUUGGCCCUCAGCUUUGGAUCAUGUGACCCGCUGGCAUCAGAACAAGAUGAACAGUGCCCGUCAAUACAAGUGGAUGAGUGGAAGUUUCCUCAGACAUCUAGGGACAAUAUAACAGGUUUUAAUUUGGUGAGGCGAUUCUCUCUGCUCAAGAGUAAAGAUGUCAAGAAGAUCCGCAACCCACGAGGACCCGUCAUCCUCCGCCUGGGCAAGACUGCACUCCUACGCCCCACUGAUCAGGUGUUUCCUCUCGGCCUACCUGAGGAGUUCACCCUGAUCUUCACCCUGGCGUUAAAGAAGGCAGCUCUGAGAGACACCGUCUACCUCUUCCAGAUAUCUGAUGAGCAGGGAUACCCACAGCUCUCUGUAGACCUAAAUGGCCCCGAUGGCACCCUGUCCGUGCGUGCCAGGGGGGCAGACCCUGAAGCUGAUCUGGUGAGCUGCGUUUUCAACGGAGAGGGGGUGGAGGCCCUGAUGGACUUGAGCUGGCACAAGGUGGCCCUCAGCGUGCAACAAGGAGCCGCCUCCCUUUACAUGGAUUGCAACUCCAUUGAAACCAAACCCCUGGAGCCACGUGGAGUUCUGCCCACUGACGGACACACUCUGCUGGGCAUUCGGGCUUCAGACGCCGGGCCCGUGCAGAUGGACAUUCAGCAGGUGAUGCUGUAUUGUGAUCCGUCCCUCGCCAUGCAGGAGGCGUGCUGUGAGAUACCUGGGGCACGGUGUCCACCAGAUGUUCCCAAGAGCCGCCGUGCUGCUGAGAAUGACCUCUUGGAUAACACUUUUAACCAGGAGAUUUUUGCAUCAAAGGAUCUGGCAGAGAAAUGUGGUGGUUGUUUACUCCUGAAUAGGGAAGAAAAUGCAGUGAAUCUUGGAGGAGUUGCUGGCUUGAAAGGGGAAAAAGGUGACAGGGGUGAUGGCUGUUCUGGCUCCCAUUCAGGUCCAUGCACAGAGGGACCCAAGGGCCAGAAGGGAGACAAAGGCGAGCCGGCGAUUCCUGCCAACUGGGGCGAAGCAGCGGGGUAUAAGGGAGAAAAGGGUCAGAAGGGAGAGAUCGGUGCACAGGGUCUCACAGGAACUCCAGGGAAGGAUGGUCGAGCGGGGUCCAUCUGCGUAGUUGGCCCCAAGGGACAGAAGGGUACCCCAGGUUUGGUGGGUCCUGAGGGGUUAGCAGGGGAGCCAGGGAAGCCUGGACUUCCAGGACCUGCAGGAAUUGGAAAGCCAGGUCAACCAGGCCCUCCUGGUGAACCGGGUGGUGCGAAGGGAGCCACGGGAGAUGCAGGACCUCCAGGAAAAGAUGGAUCGCCAGGAGAUCCAGGACCAAGAGGACCAGCGGGACCUAAAGGAGAGAAGGGUGACCCAUGCGAAGUCUGCCCCGUGCUGCCUUCGGAUUUGGGCAACACAGUUGCUCUGCAGGGGAAGCCCGGCCCUAAAGGAGAGCCUGGAUUACCAGGGAUAGGAGAGAGAGGACCUCCUGGGCUUCUGGGUGCAGAUGGGAAGGCAGGACAGAAGGGGGAACAAGGAACAGGUGGUGUCAAAGGAGAAAAGGGUGAGCCGUGCUCUGUGUGCCCCACUCUUGGAGAUUUGACCCCUAACCUCGUCCCAGGUGGCCAGCCCCAAAUCCUGCAACAGAAGGGCAAGAAGGGGGAUCCCGGAAUUGGACAGAAAGGAGAGCAAGGGGAGCCAGGAAAUGCGGGAUCACCUGGUCUUAGAGGAGAGAAGGGUAGCGCAGGCAGCAAAGGAGCUGAUGGUAAGCCGGGAAAGCCAGGACCAAGGGGACCCGGUGGCAAGGAUGGACAGAGAGGCUUAAAGGGAGAACAAGGCCUGCCUGGUCUUGGUCUUCCUGGCCUUAAAGGAGAGAGGGGCGAGUGCGGACUGUGCCAGCCAGCUGAGGUUGGUAGUGGACCUGCCAGCAUUAAAAUGCCUGAAGGAUCAAAAGGCGAGCGAGGCGAGCAAGGUGAACCAGGCCUUCCAGGACCACCAGGACCUCCUGGUCUCGGAGCUGAAGGGAAACAGGGCCCACCAGGAUUUACUGGUGCAAAAGGAGAAAAGGGUGAUGAAGGAGCUCAAGGAGAAAAGGGACUGGAUGGAGAACCUGGAGCCCCAGGACUACCAGGAGAGCCUGGUCGGGAUGGACUAAUGGGCUUUAAGGGAGAGAAGGGUGAUGCUUGUAGCAGCUGUCCUUCCAUUAGCACUGCAGUGGGUGAUGGUAUAGCUGUGCCGGGCCCCAAAGGAGAGAGAGGAGACACUGGUCCUGCAGGGGAAGGGAAGCCUGGCAGAAAUGGAAAACCAGGAUUACCCGGUGUGCAGGGGCCUGCAGGUCCCAAAGGAAAGAAGGGAGAAGCUGGAGAUGCAGGAAUUGGCCUUCCAGGACCACAAGGUGAAGAGGGGCCAAGAGGGCUCCCUGGACUUGUAGGACCACCUGGAGCCAGAGGAGAGGCAGGCCCUCUUGGCCCUGCAGGGGAAAAAGGCUCCAGAGGAGAAAUUGGGCCUCCAGGACCCCAGGGACCUGAGGGCAUUGGAGUAGCAGGGCCCCCAGGUAGAGAUGCAGUCCCCGGGCAAAAAGGAGAGCGAGGAGCUGAUGGCAGACCUGGACUUGAUGGAGCUAAGGGGGACAAGGGAGAGUGCAACUGCCUAAACCCAGUCCACACGGGCAUAGGCGGACCUGGAGCUCCAGGAACUGCAAUAAACAUGUGGCAGCCCGGGCCUCAGGGCCCGCCAGGACCACCUGGCCCACCUGGGCCACCUGGGCCUCAAGGUGUUACUGGAAACCAAGGACCACAGGGUAUCCCAGGAAACGACGGGUUACAGGGGGAACCGGGUUUGCCUGGAUACAUCGGCAUCACUGGACCACACCCACUGCCUCAAGACCCUGCUGGAGGAGAUGGGGAUGUCUGUGAUGGAGGGAACUGUUCCAGAGGAAAUCCAGGGGUGCCAGGCACGACUGGUGCCCAGGUAGAAAAAGGAGACCAAGGCAAGCCUGGUGUAACUCCCUUGGACAGCUGUGACAAGUGUUUGGAGAGACUGCAGAGAGAACAGGCGACACAACCAGUGGAUGACCGACCAGGAUCACCUGGAAUUCCUGGAAUGCCUGGAUCACAAGGAAUAAGAGGAGAGCCAGGUUUACCAGGAGAUAGAGGUCCAGCUGGUAUACCGGGAGGCAUGGGACCUCCUGGUUUCCCAGGUCCUCAGGGCCCAUCUGGUCUAGCUGGUCAGCAGGGCGAGCGAGGGUUACCAGGCCUCCCAGGAACAAAGGGCGAACAGGGCCCUACGGGGUCGUCCGGAUAUCCAGGAGCCAUGGGACCGCCUGGACUACCUGGACUGAAGGGUGAACGUGGGAGCCCAGGAAGCAGUGGUCAGAAAGGAGAAUCAGGACCUCCUGGUACCCCUGGUUACCAAGGAACGGCUGGUGCACCGGGCAAUAAAGGAGACACAGGACCAGCAGGGCCUGUUGGUGCCAAAGGAGAUCAGGGUUUCUCAGGACCACCAGGUUUCCCAGGACCACCAGGUGCACCAGGUCCUGCUGGCAAACCUGGAAAGGAAGGUUCCCCUGGGCUCAGAGGUGACAAAGGCAAUGAUGGCAUGCAAGGCUCCCAGGGACCAACUGGACCCCCAGGCUCCUCAGGCUCUCCUGGGCUGAUGGGCCCCCCUGGGAUUGAGGGAUUGGAUGGAAAAGAUGGGAAACCAGGGCUACGGGGAGAGGCAGGCCCCCCAGGCCCAGCAGGUCCACGAGGAAUCCCAGGAUUCAAAGGGAAAACCGGCCAUGUUGGCUUCCCUGGACAGAAGGGCGAAGCUGGGCCUGCAGGUCCACCAGGAUCACCAGGCAGACCAGGACACGAGGGUGAUCCUGGUACCCCAGGAGCUCAGGGACGACCUGGACCCUCUGGCCACAUUGGUCCCGCAGGCUCAGCUGGGCCACCAGGACCUCCUGGUCCAUCAGGAGUGGGUAUAAAAGGAGAUAAGGGCCAAGCUGGUGAGAGGGGUCUCCCAGGGAUGGGGGGAGCCCCAGGACCACCCGGGCAUCCAGGGCUCAUGGGUGAGCCAGGUAACGAUGGUGCCCCUGGUAAAGAUGGAGCGGCAGGACUACCAGGGGAAAACGGGCAGGCAGGUCAAAAGGGUGAACCAGGCCCCGCAGGCCAGAGGGGUCCUCCAGGGGAGAGAGGCAGACCUGGACCUCCUGGUGGUGGAGGUUACCACUCAAAGGACGCACAGCCCAUGAUUGGCCCCGUGGGACCCAGAGGAGAGAGGGGAAGCCCUGGCUCAGCGGGCCCCCCUGGCCUCCCUGGACCUCAAGGGUCACCAGGAAAUGAUGCUGUCGUCAACUAUGAUGAAGUCAAGAACUUCAUUCGCCAGCAGGUCAUCAAGAUCUUUGAUGAGAGAAUGGCCUACUACAUGUCUCGCAUGCAGAUGCCAGUAGAGAUGGUGGCAUCCCCUGGUAGGCCUGGGCCCCCAGGAAAAGACGGAUCUCCAGGUAAUCCCGGCAACCCAGGUGCACCUGGACUUCCGGGACAGAUCGGCAGACAAGGCCGACCAGGAGCCCAAGGACCCCCUGGACCACGAGGACCAAAUGGACAGAAAGGAGAUAAGGGUGUGGGAGAGAUGGGAGAUGUUGGACCUCCAGGGGCACCAGGUGUUCCAGGCCCUCCAGGCUAUGGUAAGAUGGGACCUCCAGGUUCUGUUGGCCAGCAAGGUGUUCCUGGAAUUCCAGGCCCUCCUGGGCAGCCUGGUGCAAAGGGACAUGAUGGACGCUGUAAUCCUGGAGAUUGUAUGAGCCAUCAAGUAGAGUACAGCCCCAAGGGCCCACCUAUGAAGGGCCCCUGGUAGAGGGCAGAGGGGACACAGACGCUAUGGAGAGGACAGGGAAGCAAGAGAUCGUGAUCCGAAGUUAUUUAAUCUCACUACAAGCUGAAAUAAAGAAGCUCCUUUGCUGUUGAAUUGUAUAGAUUUACUUACACAGAUUUCUGCUGUAGUCAAAAGUCCACAAUUUCUUUCCAGGGGCCCCGCUGGAAUGAGGCCUGCAAAGACACACCAGCAACACAUUUUUAUUGCAAUCUUUUUCCCUAUGAAUGCCAAUUCAUUGCUAUAUUACUGCCUUUUAUUUUGGUCUUGUCUCUUUAUUCUCACCGUGUUUCACUCCUAUUGUACAUUUUCAUACAACCCAGGGGAGGUGACAAGAAUCAUGAUUUGUAUUUUCUUCUCCUUGAUUAAUUCUGGCCUCCUCUCUCUUUUUCAUUUUCUUUGUCUGUCUGUAGGAAGAGAAUACACACAAUUAUUGUAGCACUUUGCUUGCACCUCUCAUAUCUUUGUUCCCUUCUCGCAGAAUCACAUUCCGAGUGCAUCCCAUGCAUUUAUAUGCAUUAAUAUUCUCAGUGCUUGUGGUGUGAUACAUUCAAAUUUAACUUGUACGAGAAUACCCCUCGAAAUGUAUUUCAGUUCUGUAGAAAGAGAUGUCAAAAACUAGCAUUCCUACCCUUUUCGAUGGAUUGACUGUUUUGUACAUAUUUAUAUUUAUAUAUAUAUAGUGGCUUUUUUUUACUUCUUUCAAUGGAUUUGAUACAAGACAUACACAUGGGUAGCCACUUAGUUUUCAUUGCCAAUGGCUAUAAAGCAACAAUGAAUACCAAAGGGAUAUUUUUCUAAGGUCUAUACGCUUUCAAAAUGGAAUAAUGUGUUUAGUAAAAGACAUUGUUUAUAAAAGAAAAAAAUGUGUUUAGACAAGAAAGCAUAUUGACUUUUGUAAUUGUAUUGCUAAAGUUAAUUUUGUGUCAUUUUAACUUCAGUCUUUUUGGAAAAAGCCAUUUUAAAGCAUCUCAUUUAAUUUUGUAUUCCAAAGCACCUGUAAUAGCCAUCUGUCUGCCUCAACAGGCACUUGUUUUAGAAAAUAGGAGCAAUAAUUGAGCCACACGUACUGUAUUGCAACACAUUGAGCACAGCUGCCAAGUCCUCACUAUUACGCAAGGAUAAAGAAAAUAUUCAGAAAAACAUCACAAUAGGGAUUUUUUGUGUUACAUGUUACUGUAUUUUGGGGUGGUAUUUUUUGUAUUGCUAUAUCUGGAAGUCUCUGGAUUCUUAAAUCAUUACAAUCUCUUACCAUCUCCAUAGUUAAACCUGCAGUCUAAGCUAUGAGCCGUGGUCAUACUUGUUUUUCAAAAGAUAACCCUUGGGAAAUGUUAAAUUUACAACUGAAAUAAAUUGCUUUUCAAAGAGGCUG